UUUUGAGUUUGGUUUGGAGUCUUCUAUGUAAGUUUGUAAUGGGCAACCUUGUGUAUGAAUUUGAUGAAUGAGAUUGGUUUUGCCUUUGGUUCUGUGAUGAUUCGGUAGGGCUCCCUGGUGGUGGUGAUUCCAAGGUUGGGGUACUGGUAGUGAUGCCAGCCAUGCAGAUCAGGUGGUGAUUGCUUUUUAUUUAAUUUCAGCUUCAGUAAAUGAAAACCUUAUUGUCAAAUGCCAAACAAGCCAAUGCUGAUCUCUAUCCCUACUCCCUCAACCCCCCACCCCCCACCCCCAAAUAAAAAGAAAAAGGAAAGGAAAAUAUAUUGCUGCAACAUAUGAAUAGAAAAUGUUUUCUGUUAACAUUUGAUGGAUGGCAUAAGUGAAUUUUCUCCAUGGGCAAGUUCAUUCUGAUGGCAUGCUCAUUAAAUAUAUCUAGCUUAUCAACUUGUCCGUUGGCAUCCACAGGGAUCUCAUGGGGGUGUAUAAAUUAAUCUUCCCUCAGAACAUGCUUUGAGCACUUUUUCAAAGUAAAUCUGGUGAUAUUUGGUUAUGUUUCAGGCCUGAGACAGAUGAGGAGAAGACGCUGAAGGAAGAAAUAGAUCAUAUAAGGAAGGAACUGGAGAAAGAAAGUGCAGCGGAUGCAAAUGGGGAAACUCUGGAGUCUGGUCAAGAGAAAACCAGUCUACAUGAGCUGAUGUUGAGCAAAGAAAAGGAUCUGGAACUGCUAAUCCGUGAGUUGGACGACAAGGUAAGGUUUGGCCAGAAAUCCUUUGAGAGGCCUGGUUCUGGAGCAGGCAGGGUUGCUGGCUUACCGGAGAGGCCACCCUCUCAGUCUGGCUUGUCGGACGACUAUAGAAGUGGUACGGCAGAUGUGUGGAGCAGGCCCGGAGAUGAUAGAAGAGCAUUUCAGGGUGGCAGGGAAAGAGGAUUUCUUAGCAACAGAGACAUUGACAGGCCCAAGUCUAGAGGGAGAUGGUGAGAAGUCUGUUGUGAAAUUGAGGUUUUAGUUCCUUUUUGCCGCCAGGACAGAAUAAUUUUCUUAUAGUCAAGUUAUUUUCCCUCCCUUAUGUUUUGCACCAAGUGAGCCGAGAAAUAUAGCGGAAAACCUUGGAUAACUUAAUUGUUACCUCCUGAUACAGGUGUAAAAUUGCUAUUUUUUUCCCCAUAAUGAGUCAAGCGGCCUGUAUUGUUUCUAGGUAUAUUCCCUUCUAAUUGUAAUCCCAAUGGACUUCAUGGGACUUUUCAUCUUUUCUCUGUUGCAUUAGUUUUCUCUUUUGUAUUACAUUAUACAAUUAAUCAGUUUUGUCAAUCAUAUUGAUGAACACAAGUGUAUUGAGAUACUGUUUUUGUUGAA